AAAAUCCCAAACCCCAGCUUCGCCGCCGCCUUCCCCAGUCCCGGCCCCCUUACCUUCGUCCACCGGUGACACCCUGACGCCGUUUCCACUGCCUGCCCCGCCGCUCCACCUCCACCACCCCACCUCGAGGCUCGAGCGCACCACUACCUCUUCGGCACCCAACUAAUGGCUCCUGUCAUCCCGAGCUACCGUCGCAUCGAUAGAGACGAUAGGGUCCCUUUGGUCUCCGCCUCGGCUAUCGUCGGCGGCGCCGAUAGCGGCUACCACGUGCUCAGGAUCAGAGGCUACUCGAGCAUCAAAGUCGCCUUCCCCAAUGGAAGUCAUUUCGAUUCCCACCCCUUCCGUGUUGCGGGGCACACUUGGGUUAUCCGGUACUACCCCAACGGCGACCGGCCGGAGACCGCCGACCACAUCUCUUUCUACCUCCGCUUCAUGGACCAGGUUGGGCCCGGGGAGGAAGUGAUGGCGCAGUUCGUGUUCAGCUUCAUCGACCAGGUGGAGAUGCAGAAACCGGCCUUCGUCGGCAACCUCGAGGCGCGUAGAUUCGGCACCAACGGAUCGUGGGGAAAUAAGGAAUUCAUCAAGAAAGAGAGCUUGGAGCAGUCGAAUCGCCUCAAGGAUGACUGCUUCUCGAUCAGGUGCGACAUAAUCGUCGCCGGCCUGCCACGCGCGGAGGCCGCCGCAGCUUUCGUCGUUGCGGUGCCGCCUCUCGAGUUGCCACAGCAUUUGGGUGCCCUCCUCCUAGCAGGAAAGGGUGCCGAUCUCAGAUUUCUUGUCGGGGACAAGACAUUUGCCGCGCACCGGUGUGUGCUUGGUGCACGGUCGCCGGUCUUCGAUGCGAUGCUCUUUGGCCAGAUGAAAGAAGGCACCGCCACAGAGAAUUGCAUUCGGAUUGAUGAUAUGGCACCUCAGGUGUUCCAGACCCUGCUGCAUUUUAUUUACACUGACUCACUGCCAGAGACGAUAGAGCAAGAUGACAGUGGAGCCACGAUGGCGCAGCACUUGCUAGAAGCCGCAGACAGGUAUGACUUGCAGAGGCUUAAGCUGAUAUGUGAGGAUAGGCUAUGCCAGCAAAUUGAUGUGAGCACGGUGGCGACCACACUUGCACUGGCUGAGCAGCACCACUGUCAAGCGCUUAAGGAGGCAUGCUUUGAGUUUCUCAAGUCUCCUAAAACACUGGAUGAGGUCAGCGCGACCGAUGGAUUCCAGCAUCUGGUGAAAACCUCUCCUUCUGUGUUGUUUCAAUUGAUGUCCAAGCUUGCCGAACGCUGAAUUCUGGAAAGCAAAUGAAGAACAUGAACAUGAGGAUUUCAGCGGAUCAGGGAUGGCAACUACAAGUACCAGAAAGACUAAUUAGUUGGUUUCACUAUCUAAUUAAUACUACUUAUUCUAGUACUAGUAGUUUUAUGUGAAUAUGCAGUCAUGUCCACAAAAGGAUGCGAUGUAAGUGUGCCUUAUUUUGUUGGUUGUCACAUCACAUCAUUUGUGGGAAGCUUUUAACUAUGAUGCCAGGAACAUGCAUGCUAAUGUGACAAGUAGUUAAUUCCCUUCUAAGCAUUUAAUUAA